UUUUAUAAAUAUUGAAGACAUGGCAAAAAGGUAAAUUCAAUUUGUUGAUAAUUUUAACAAAUUCAAACGUUAGGAGUAAGAAACAAAGAUAUAUAAAAUUGUGAAAAAUAAUACUAAAAUAUAAUACAAAUUAUGAAUCUUAUUAAUUAUAUCUAUGCAAAUGAUUGUAAAUUAUCGAUCAAACAACUUGAUUGAAAAAAUGGCAACCGUCGUAGAAACGGAUAAACGCAUAGAGAAUUCUCAUUUUUCUAUUACUUAUGGGAGAGUAUUGACAUUUGGAAUGGACAGAACUAAGACUGCAUUUUGCACAGACAUGGAUAAAUCUGUAAUAGUGCAUAAUUUUGAAAAAAGAGGUUGGUCACAAGUUGGCCCUCAAGAUGAUUGGAAUUUUUAUUGGGCAGCCACACAAUCGUGUAGAAAUAUAUUUAGCGUAGAAACCGGAUAUAGAAUGAACGAUAAUCAGAUUAUAAAUCAUUUUCCAAAUCAUUACGAAUUGACCAGAAAAGAUCUUUUAGUUAAAAAUAUUAAACGGUAUCGAAAAGAUUUAGAACGGGAAGGAAAUCCUCUUGCAGAAAGAGGAAGUGGAUCAGGGAAGUAUCUUCAUUUGGAUUUCAUACCUGUUACUUUUGUUUUACCGGCAGAUUAUAACAUGUUCGUGGAAGAAUACCGGAAAUCACCACAAAGUACUUGGAUUAUGAAACCAUGUGGGAAAUCACAAGGCGCGGGGAUAUUCUUAAUAAAUAAAUUAAGUAAAUUAAAGAAAUGGUCACGGGAAGUUCGAAAUCCAUUUAAUCCAAAUCUUACUAAAGAAUCUUAUGUUAUAUCUAGAUAUAUAGAUAAUCCACUUUUAAUUGGAGGGAAAAAAUUUGAUCUUCGUUUAUACGUUCUUGUUGCAUCUUUUCGUCCAUUAAAAGCUUAUUUAUUUAAACUUGGUUUUUGUCGUUUUUGUACUGUAAAAUAUGACACCAGUAUUCAAGAAUUAGAUAACAUUUACGUACACUUAACUAAUGUUUCUGUACAAAAACAUGGUGACGAAUACAAUAGUAUACAUGGUGGAAAAUUAAGUUUACAAAAUUUACGUUUAUAUUUGGAGAGUACGCGCGGAAAAGCUGUAACUGAAAAAUUAUUUUCAAACAUCUCAUGGUGCAUUGUACAUUCUUUAAAAGCUGUUGCACCUGUAAUGGCAAAUGAUCGUCAUUGUUUUGAAUGCUAUGGAUACGAUAUUAUUAUUGAUAAUAAACUGAAACCGUGGCUCAUCGAGGUCAAUGCUUCGCCAUCGUUAACGUCAACUACAGUAAAUGAUCGAAUAUUAAAAUAUAAAUUAGUAGAUAAUAUUAUAUCUAUAGUUUUACCACCAAGUGGAACACCUGAUGUAAGAUGGAAUAAACGUCCACGUCCAGAAGCAUUAGAAAAUUUUGAACUCCUUUUGGACGAAGAAUUAUCGACACAAGAUGAGAAAAUUAAUUCAGUAGAUAAAUAUAAAAAUUUAUCUGGAAAAUGGAAAUAAAUGGAACAAUGAAGUGGACGAUGUGUACAUCGGAUAAAAUUUUACGUAAUGUAAUCGUUAUUACACGUGUUUCAUAUUAUACAUCAGAAUAUACUCAAAAUAUUUAACGAAUAUUCAAAUAUAUUUAUGAUGUAUUAAGUUGAAAUUUGUCUAUUUACAUAUUACAGUAUUAGAGAAAAAUUUUCUUUAAUAUUACAAUAUAACUACAAAAUGGUUUUCCAUGUGUGCAAUUGUGUAAAUGUUAUUAUAUAUAUUUGAUAUCCUUAUCUUGUAUGUACAAAUUGCAAUAACAUAUUCAAUUUAUAUCUAGGUAUUUUGUAAGUUUUUUAGGCGUCCAGUACUUAAAAUACUUUUGAUAUUAUUAGCUUAUUAAUGUAGAUAUCAAGUAACGCUUGCAUGUUGCCUGUUUUGUAUUAAAUUACUUCAAAACCUGAUAUGAUUAUUAUUUCAAAUGAUGUGUUUAAUUCUAUAUAUCUAUGUACAUGUAUCAGAAGUUAAGACUUUCUACAAGAGAUCAGUAAUCUCUGAUUAUAAAAUGAAUAAUAAAAUAUAAGAUGCAGCCUUUGGUUGAAUUCUACCGUACUUAAAAAACAUAUAGAUAUACUUAAGAGUAAUGAUAUGUAAUGCUAUGCAUAACUAUGUAAUACAUGUGCAUAUACAUAAAGC